GCUAACCCACUGGAGGCACUACCUUCUUGGGAGGUUCUUCUACGUCAGGACUGAUCAUCAAACCCUGAAGUGGAUGAGAACCCAGUCAGUGCUCUCUGAUGCGUUGAAACGAUGGAUCGAACUCAUUGAGCAGUAUGACUUCGAACCUCAGUAUAUCAAAGGAGAGUACAAUAGAAUCGCUGAUGCGCUGUCGCGUAGGCUAGACUUCCUUGGUGCACUCAUCACUGAGUUUGGGCUUGCGGACAAUAUUACUCGUUCUUUGGUGGAAGCCUAUCACGACGAUCCGCUUAUGGUUGAGAUCAUACGUAGACUCGAGGCGAAGGACAAAGCGACUUCUGCCGAGUUUGAGUUGGUCGACGGCCUGCUGUUCCUUGAGAAGGCCGGGAAUAAACGUUUGUGUGUGCCUAAUCGGGAGUCUUUGCGUAGUUUAUUUUUAGGUGAGUGUCAUGAUGCCACAAGACAUUUUGGUUACAAGAAAACUGCAACCAAUUUGCUGCAGCAGUUCUGGUGGCCCACAAUGAUGAGAGAUGCCAAGCUGUACGUGGAGACUUGUCAAGUGUGUCAGAGGGACAAGCCACGUACACAGGCCCCUCUUGGGCUUCUCAAGUCCCUUCCGAUUCCGGAAAGGCCCAGUGAGAACCUGUCCAUGGACUUCAUGGACACGCUGGUCACCAGCCAGAGUGGAAUGAGACACAUCUUUGUCAUUGUGGAUAGGUUUAGUAAGUACGCUAGAUUGAUAGCAAUGCCCAAAACAGCGAAGACCGAGUACGUCAUUAGGUUGUUCAAGGAGAACUGGGUCAGGGACUUUGGGCUACCGAAGUCUAUUGUGAGUGACCAGGAUGUCCGAUUCACCAGUGAGUUGUGGAAGGCUGCAGCUGCAGAACAGGGAACGCAGCAACAGAUGACCCCUGGGAACCACCCAGAGGCAAAUGGGCAGGCAGAGCAGCUGAACCGCGCUGUACAACACCUGUUGAGGCACUACAUCAACCCCAACCAGGUGGACUGGGAUGAGAAACUUGCUCUCAUCACCAGUUUGUACAACAAUGUUGUGCAUAGCGCAACAGGGGUGAGUCCUAACAGCCUGCUACUGACCUUCAAGCCCAGACUGCCCCUAGAUUUCCUACUACAUGAGAAUCAGCCGACAGCUGCACCAUGCACUUUAGAAUUUGCUUAUCACUAUGAGCGACUAAUGCAGCAAGCUGUAGAACAGAUGCGCAGGGCACAUGCGGCGAUGAUAGAGUCUGAGAAUAAACACCGCCGCCCAUCGACAUUUCAGGUAGGGGACAGAGUCUGGGUUAAGUCUUCUGAACUGGGGCAGGAGCACGGUAUCUCCCGCAAGCUCAUGCCACAGUACUUUGGGCCCUGGGAAGUUCUAGAUAUUAUCGGGGAUAAUCCUGAUGGACCAUCAUACGUCAUUCAGAUCCCUGGUCACCUUCGCACUUACCCUGCCUUUCACGCCUCCAAGCUCGCACCUUUCAGAGAAACUGAUCAGUUUCCGUCUUGUCGCUAAAUGCUGCCCCCAACCAUGGACGGAGAGGUCGACAUCGACGACAUUGUGGAUCACAGGGAAAUGUCAGUUCCAAGA